AUGAUAAUUUUCUUUAAAAAAAAGAAGGGAUCAAAAAAAGGUGGUAAAAAAAUCGACCCAUUCACCCGUAAAGAAUGGUACACCGUCAGAGCUCCAGGCGCUUUCUUCAAAUCAGGUGCUGAUAACAAACUCGGUUUCACCCCAGUCAACCGUACCCAAGGUACCAAACUCGCCUCAGAUGGCUUAAAAGGUCGUGUCUUUGAAGUUUCACUUGCUGAUAUGAAAGAUGAAGAAUCACAAGUUUACCGUAAAAUCAAAUUAAGAGCCGAAGAUGUCGAAGGUCGUAACGUUUUAACCAACUUCUACGGUAUGGAUUUAACCACUGACAAAUUACGUUCACUCAUCCACAAAUGGGCCAACCUCAUUGAAUGUUUCGUUGAUGUCAAAACCACCGAUGGUUACGUCUUAAGAGUCUUCUCCAUUUGCUUCACCAAAAAGAAUGAAGGUCAAAAGAAAAAGACUGCCUACGCCAAAACCAGUCGUAUCAAGGCUAUCAGAAAGAAGAUGGUUGAUAUCAUCACUGAAACCGUCUCAACCAAUGAUCUUAAGACCUGUGUCGAAUACUUCAUUGGUGGCCAAGUCACCGGUUCAUCCACCGAUCACGCUGGUCAAUCACUCACUCUUACUGAAAAAAUCAGAGUUGAAAUCAGUUCACAAUACCCAUGUCACAACGUUUACUUACGUAAAGUUAAAGUCCUCAAAGCACCAAAAAUGGACGCUGUUAAAUUAUCUGAAAUUUACGCCUCAACUCCAAUGACCUCCGCCCCAGUCGAAGAAACCGGUGUUGCUGUUGAAGAAGUCCAAGCUACUGCUUAAAUAUAAAUAAACCAAAAAAAAUUAUAU